AUGGCGACGUGGCUGCCCAGUAACGGGAAUUGGGGGUUCGUGCAGAAUGUGACGGGAGAUGCUUCAUGCACGCCCGGUCACGGGUUCGAUGGCUACUUCGAGACUAACCUCGGCAACGGAUCGCAGUAUCUCAGCAACCCGGGUGUGAUGGAUGUGCCCAAGUCGUAUGCCCGAUCCAUUGGUCAAGACCCGGAGAGGCUCGUUAAGAUGCUAGGGAGCGACGGCAACUUCCUCGGCGAAGACCGGGAUACCACAGAGGGCCUCUGGGGGCUCUCCUUUCAUGCAAUUGAAAAAUAG